AUGAAGCCUACUGUCCGACCGUUCCAUGCGCCUCUGUCGAGACUGCGGCCGUCUCUGACCGCUGCGCCGUUCGAUUUGUCGAAUGCAGUCUGUGCUUCGUGUUUAAGCAGAGCUGUACGAAGCUAUGGAAGUUCGUCAUCUGCGCCUUUGAUUCAUGGGCGUGCGGGUGCGCGGCCGGGGAGCUCGAUCUACUCUACUGCAGCCUGGAGGAGGAGGGGGGAUGUUGAGUGGGAUGUGCGCAGAGAAGCUGGACAAACGAGGAAUAUGACGACGGCGACAGCCGCGGACGAGAAGAAGGCCGAUGUUACUGCCCAUGGUCCGUUGCAGGAGUACGAAAGUCGGGUUGAGGCAGGCCUCUUGAGAGACGACGACCAUCAGAGAGUCUACUCACUCAGCGCUAACAUCCAUAUUCUAGCUAUCAUCCAGCAUCUUCAAGACCUCCAUGACAUGCUACGGGACUACGAGGCGCCGGCAGUCGUCCAUCCAUCGCUAGAGUCACUAAACCCUCAACCGUCCAAGUCCUCGUUCUUCAGCAUGCUUUUCAACAACGCGCCCAAAACCGCUGAAAAAACGCAGAUCCCCUCCAACCUUCCCAAGGGCCUCUACAUGUAUGGAGACGUAGGAUGCGGCAAGACAAUGCUCAUGGAUCUAUUUUACGACACACUCCCUCCUGCCGUUACCUCAAAGACAAGAAUCCAUUUCCACAAUUUCAUGCAAGAUGUUCAUAAACGUUUGUUCGCAGUAAAGUCCAAGCAAGGAGCGGAUGUCGACGGUGUCCCAUUCGUUGCAGCCGAUAUAGCCGAGCAGUCAAGCGUGCUCUGUUUCGAUGAGUUCCAAUGCACAGAUGUAGCUGAUGCAAUGAUCCUGCGCCGCUUGCUGGAAUGCCUCAUGUCACAUGGCGUCGUACUCGUAACCACUUCCAACAGACACCCGGAUGACCUGUACAAGAACGGAAUCCAACGCCAGUCCUUCAUACCAUGCAUUCACCUUCUCAAGACCGCCCUGACCGUUAUCAACCUCAACUCAUCCACUGAUUACCGUAAGAUCCCCCGCCCGCCGUCGGGCGUAUAUCACCAUCCUCUAGGCCUAGCUGCAUCCCACCAUGCAGACAAAUGGUUCAAAUACCUCGGUGACUUUGAGAACGACCCUCCUCACCCUGCCGUGCACGAAGUUUGGGGUCGGAGCGUCAAUGUCCCGCAGGCCUCGGGCAAAGCCGCUCGAUUCGCAUUUGAUGAAAUUAUUGGCCGUGCCACGGGCGCAGCCGAUUAUAUAGAACUAAUGAACCACUAUAACUCGUUCAUCAUCACCGAUGUGCCCGCCAUGGGCCUUCACCAACGAGAUCUAGCCAGACGCUUCAUCACCUUCAUUGACGCGGUGUACGAGAGCAGGGCAAAGCUCGUCCUCACUACAGCCGUCCCACUACGUAACCUCUUCCUUUCAGAAGAUGAUAUCAAAGAAGCAGCUUCAAGUGAUGGCAACCCAUCAUCCAACUCUGAACUACAGGCCGACAUGCGCAAUCUUAUGGACGAUCUCGGUCUGUCGAUGGAUCAGCUUAAAUCCAGCUCGAUAUUUAGUGGUGAUGAGGAACGGUUCGCGUUUGCUAGGGCGUUGUCCCGUUUGGCUGAGAUGGAAGGUAAGCAGUGGGUUGAGCGUGGAUUGGGCGUUGGUAUGGAUGAAUCGCAUGGGCAGGAAGAUAAAGCAGCUUGGAAUAAGACUCGAAGUAAGUGGAGAGAAGAUAGCAUGUAG